UCAUGGUACCGAUGCUGCCCCAUAUCUCUCUCUCUUCCUGCGAAGCACCAUUUUCAAACUCUCUGUCCCUCGCUUUUAAGUUCUCACUCUCUCUCUCUCUGGAAGGCUCUCCCCAGUCCCCGUACUUCUGCUGUGUACCUCUUAGGGUUUACGAAAUGGAACAUCUCAGUUGAGGAUUCAGCUGAGAUUCCGAAGAUAAGGGCAUAAUUACAAGUGGUGAAACAUACUACACUAGUUGUCUAUGGAUCAGUCAGAACAAACACAAAAACAGCAGCAGCAACAACACCAGCAGGCAGUGGUGGGAGUUGCAGCAGGUGCCAACCAAAUGGCCUAUGCUACUCCUUAUCAAACUGCUCCUAUGGUGGCUUCUGGAACUCCUACAGGAGCAGUGCAUUCCCCGACCCAGCCCCCCACCACAUUCGCUAAUCCCUCACACCAGCUUGCAUACCAGCAGGCCCAACACUUCCACAACCAGCAGCAGCAGCAACAGCAACAGCAACUUCAGAUGUUCUGGGCCAACCAAAUGCAAGAAAUUGAGCAAACAACUGACUUCAAGAAUCACAGCCUUCCUCUUGCUCGGAUUAAGAAAAUAAUGAAAGCUGAUGAGGAUGUCCGGAUGAUUUCGGCAGAGGCUCCUGUCAUAUUUGCAAAGGCAUGUGAAAUGUUCAUCUUGGAGCUGACUUUGCGCUCUUGGAUCCACACAGAAGAAAACAAAAGGAGGACAUUACAAAAGAAUGAUAUUGCAGCUGCCAUUUCGAGGACUGAUGUCUUUGAUUUCUUGGUUGAUAUCAUUCCAAGAGAUGAAUUGAAAGAGGAGGGACUUGGGGUGACCAAGGCUACUAUUCCAGUAGUGGGUUCACCGGCUGAUAUCCCAUACUACUAUGUUCCAUCACAGCAUCCUGUGGGACCUACAGGAAUGAUCAUGGGAAAGCCAGUUGACCAAGCAGCAAUGUACGCUUCGCAGCAGCCUCGAGCACCUAUGGCUUUCAUGCCAUGGCCACAGAGUCAAACUCAGCAGCAGCAGCCACCACAGCAGCAACAAACAGACUCUUGAAUCUUGGUCACUGUGGUCUAGGUAAUGUAACAGAUGUUUUCAGGCACCCUUUUGACUGUUAGAGAUGAAUUGCUGGUAGUGUCUUUUAGCAAGUAGAGUGUUCUUUUUUUCUUCCUAAGUUGGUAGCUUUAAUGCUGAGUGGAUGAUGAGCUUGUGAUUUGGUACUAUGUAUGGGCUUUGUAGUCGCCUCUUAUUUAAAAGUUUUUCUCAAUGUGCAUCCUUGGAUGUUUUGAA